AUGGCGAUGAUGAUGGCUGGCCGUGUGCUGCUGGUGUGUGCCCUCUGCGUGCUGUGGUGCGGUGCGGUUUUUGGACGCGCGAUGGACGAUUACUGCAGUGAGGGUGGAGGGAACGGUUUGAGGCACACGAGUAAUGGUGGAGAUGACGGCGUGUCUCUAAAGGCGGACUGCGGGUUGUUAGCCACUCGAAUGGCAUUAAUAAAGGCGGUUGAAGCUGCGGAAGCUGGACAAGAUGAAUUGAGUGGUGGUCCAGGUUUAUCUCAGGAUACGAAGGAAAAGUUGGACGAUACGUCUGUGGGAACUAAUACAGUGGGCAGUGCAGCGGCUGGUUUAGGAGGAAGUAUUGUCGCAGGUCAGACAGCAGCACUACCGCCGACGCCCGGAGGAUCAGGUACAGGAGGACAGGUGGUGAAGCCAGAAGGGUUGGAUGCAAAUGGAGGAAAGGAAGCAGAUCAUAAGGAGGAUCGCAACGACAGUACGGCAACUGGGCCCCAACUUCAAAGCGUUGAUCAAUCAUCUUCUUCCUCUUCUUCAUCUGGCAGCCCUGGCACUCAGAACGGUGAAGAACACAACUUGGAGAAUACUUCCAAGAGUGAUGAAUCCUCCGAUGAUUCACCGGAAGAUGACGAAAGUGAUCCUCUUAGCCAAUCCGACAGUCGUGAAGAGAAGGCGGAAGAAGAACCAGAAAAAAACGAAUUAAACACAGAAAAUACAAGUCAUGAGGCACCAACACUAACAACAGCACCAGCCGAAGAGGCAGAAAUACAAGCAGCAAUACCAACAACACCACUGCAUAGCCAUUCCGGCGCUGAGGAUUCAGGAAAGGUGCAACAGUUACAACAACCCCAAGACGGCAUUGAGUCAAACAAACAUUCACAAACAAAGAGCGCUGCCUCCAUUACAGCCAAUCAACACAAUGAACCACCUGCCGGCCAUGCAGAAUCCAGGCCACUAUCACCCACGGCAAACGGUGAUGCCGCCAAUAAUGAAUCUGAAAAGAGCACUGAAGAGGGCAUCCCGAACAAUGAUUCACCAGCCGAUGGUGCAGGGACACGAGAAGAAAAACAAAAUGAAAAUGAAGCAUCCAAUCCGAAAGAAACACCAGUCGAAGCCACAGCCACGAAAACUACAACGGCGACUACUGGCGACAGUGACGGCGGCACCGCGGUCUCGCACGCCACCUCCCCUCUUUUGCUUCUUCUUGUUGUUGCGUGUGCGGCUGCUGCUGCGGUGGUGGCCGCGUGA